AUGGAGGCGGAGGAGCCCCUGAUGCAGCACCACCGACAGCAGCCGACGACAGCUGCUCCUCAUGCGGACUUCGAUCCAGGCUACAUCGAUGAAGUUUCGCAGGGACGACGCACCCUCAGCACGCCUCAUCUUCAAUCCUUGACCACGGGGACAGGCGCCAGCAUCUACAGAUCCACCAUCAUCCCCGCCAUUCGAGCGGCACAGUCCGAGGUCGUGCUGGUGACGUGCUUCUGGGCGGCGUCUUCAACCCGCAUACAACUCUGCGACGCGCUCAAGGACCUGUCGCGGCGUGUCCUGCUAUCCCCAUCAUCGCCGCCGUCGCCCAAGAAAAUCACAGUGCAGAUAUGUUUCUCCUCAAGCUCGCUAGCGCGGAACAUGCUCCUGCCGACGCCCACGGAGGGCCAGGUCUACGGCCCUGCAAGCUGGGCGACACUGGGCCUCCCGGAGCCCGACGAGGUCAGAGGCCUGGAUCUCCGAGUCGUGCGCAAGUUCUUCUGGCCCUGGGGCAUCAUCCAUUCAAAGUAUGUGGUUAUUGAUCGCAAGCUCGCCAUCUUCCCCUCGUGCAAUGUGUCAUGGGAGCGGUGGUUCGAGGUUGCUUUGUCGUUCACGGGCCCCAUCGUCGACCACCUGUUGCGCUUCCACGUCGACUUUUGGAGGCCUCCAUAUUCUUCUGGGUCUACCGACCAGUCUCCCGCCGCCAUUACUGAUGAGACCACCACCACCACCAACGCAACAACGGCUCCCACAACUCUCCUCCCCUCGCCACACACUCCAGCCAAGCUUCCAAACCACCUGCACCCACGUAUCCUGCUGAGUCGUUGUCUACCAUGCCUACCGGACGCAGCGCCCCUUCCAUUCCCUCCCACCCCGCUUCUGCAGGCCACGCACCACCUUCUCUCGACCGCGCAGUCCAGCAUCGUCAUGCUCACGCCCAACGUGACCGAGCGGACCGUGCUGGAAUGCCUGCUCGACGCGCUCGAGAGAGGCGUCCGCGUCUGCAUCUGGACAAACCGCCACCUGAUGACCGUGGAGCAGAUCGUGACCGCGGGCACGACCACGCCGAGCUGUAUCCAGGACCUCAGACAACGGGCUGUACGGUCCGGAAGAGCCGCGCUGCUGGAAACGUUCUUCUUCGACGACGACGAUGACGGACCCGGUGUGCCGCCGCCGCAGCAGCAAGGGCAACGGGGGCUGCAAAGAAUUGAUGAUGAAGAACGCGACCAAGAGUCCAUCCCCGUCAAGCUGCACGCGAAGGUGACCAUCGUCGACGACGAGAGGAUCCUGCUGGGGAGCGGCAACAUGGAUGCCGCGAGCUGGAGGACGAGUCAGGAACUAGGCGUGCUGGUUGAAAGCCGCGAGGUGGUCGACGGCUUCAAGAGAUUGUGGAAGCGAGACGCCACUGUGUCUUUACGCCAAAGGAUGUUUUAA